CAAUAAAAACUGUCCAGAUGAAUCCAAUGACGCAACUCUACUACAAAAAGGCGAUCUAUUCGCCGUACCGCGACCGCAUCCCGCUUCAGAUUGUCCGAGCUGAAGUGGAGCUGUCUGCUGAGGAGCGGGCCUACCUCACCGCUGUCGAGAAAGGCGACUAUGCAGGAGUCAAGCACGCCCUCCGCGAGGCCGAGGUCUACUACAACAUGGACGUGAACUGUCUGGACCCGCUGGGCCGCAGCGCCCUCCUCAUCGCCAUCGAGAACGAGAACCUGGAGAUCAUGGAGCUGCUGCUGGACCACGGCAUCCACACGGGGGACGCGCUGCUCUACGCCAUCAGGAAGGAGGUGGUGGGCGCCGUGGAGCUGCUGCUGUCGCACCGGAGGCCGAGCGGCGAGAAGCAGGUUCCCUCCCUGAUGAUGGACAGCCAGUUCUCAGAGUUCACCCCGGAUAUAACUCCCAUCAUGCUCGCUGCUCACACCAACAACUAUGAGAUCAUCAAACUGCUCGUCCAGCGCAAGGUCACCAUCCCGAGGCCGCACCAGAUACGAUGUGACUGCGUCGAGUGCGUGUCCAGCUCAGAGGUCGACAGCCUUCGACAUUCACGGUCUCGACUCAACAUCUACAAGGCUCUGGCAUCACCCUCUCUCAUCGCGUUGUCCAGCGAAGAUCCCAUCCUUACUGCCUUCAGACUGGGUUGGGAGCUCAAAGAACUGAGCAAGGUGGAGAACGAGUUUCGUCAGGAGUACGAGGAGCUGUCCCAGCAGUGCAAGCGUUUCGCCAAGGACCUCCUGGAUCAGGCCAGGAGUUCAAGAGAGCUGGAGACCAUCCUGAACCACAGGGACAACGACCAGAGUGAGGAGCUGGACCCCAGGCAGUGUCACGACUUGGCCAAGCUCAAGCUCGCCAUCAAAUACCACCAAAAGGAGUUCGUUGCGCAGCCAAACUGCCAGCAGCUGCUGGCGACUCUCUGGUACGACGGCUUCCCGGGCUGGAGAAGACGACACUGGGCCGUCAAACUAGUGACCUGCUUCAUCAUCGGGCUGUUGUUUCCCGUCUUCUCACUGAUCUACCUGUUGGCCCCAAAGAGCGCUCUGGGACGCUUCAUUAAGAAGCCCUUCAUCAAGUUCAUCUGCCACACCGCAUCCUACCUGACCUUCCUCUUCUUCCUCCUGCUCGCCUCGCAGCACAUCGCCCGCACCAACCUCCACAUGCAGGGACCCCCACCCACCAUUGUGGAGUGGAUGAUUCUUCCGUGGGUGCUGGGCUUUAUCUGGGCAGAGAUCAAGGAGAUGUGGGACGGGGGAUUCACAGAGUACAUACAUGAUUGGUGGAACCUGAUGGACUUCGCCAUGAACUCCCUCUACCUGGCCACCAUAUCUCUGAAGAUAGUGGCUUACGUUAAGUACAACUCUUCCCGUCCAAGGGAGGAGUGGGAGAUGUGGCACCCGACGCUGAUCGCCGAGGCUCUGUUUGCCAUCGCCAACAUCUUCAGCUCGCUCAGACUCAUCUCCCUUUUCACGGCCAACUCCCACCUCGGCCCUCUGCAGAUCUCUCUGGGGAGGAUGCUGCUGGACAUCCUCAAGUUUCUCUUCAUUUACUGUCUGGUCCUGUUGGCAUUCGCAAACGGACUCAACCAGCUGUACUUCUACUACGAGACCAAGGCAUCAGAGGAGCCAAACAACUGCAAAGGCAUCCGCUGUGAAAGGCAGAACAACGCCUUCUCCACGUUGUUUGAGACCCUCCAGUCCCUCUUCUGGUCCAUAUUCGGGCUGCUCAACCUCUACGUCACCAACGUGAAAGCUCGCCACGAGUUCACGGAGUUCGUCGGGGCGACGAUGUUCGGGACGUACAAUGUCAUCUCACUGGUGGUUCUGCUUAACAUGCUCAUCGCCAUGAUGAACAACUCCUACCAACUCAUUGCUGACCACGCCGACAUCGAGUGGAAGUUCGCCCGCACCAAGCUGUGGAUGAGUUACUUUGACGAGGGCGGCACGCUGCCUCCGCCGUUCAACAUCAUCCCCAGCCCAAAGUCCUUCUGGUACCUGCUGAUGUGGCUCCACAACAAGCUGUGCAGGAGAGGCCAGCCGCCCGGGGAGGUCUCGCACAAAUGCGAAAACCUGCGAGAGUUCACGGAGCGUCAUGCUGACAGUCUGAUACAGAACCAGCAUUACCAGGAAGUGAUUCGAAAUCUAGUGAAGAGGUACGUGGCCGCCAUGAUACGGAGCGCCAAAACAGACGAAGGGCUGACGGAGGAAAACUUUAAGGAAUUGAAGCAGGAUAUCUCCAGUUUCCGCUACGAAGUAUUGGAUCUACUCGGCAACCGGCGUCCUCCCCGGCGACACUACUCCUCGUCCAGCGAGACAGCAAAAGAUGAUGGCGCCAUGGCAUCAGAGGAUGAUAGUGAAUCAGGUGAUGGCAAUGGAGGAGGAGUCGGGGUCCAGAAGUCAAAGACCGUCACCUUCUCUAACCCAGUGGAGGACGACCGAAAGCCGGCGCCGACGCUCGGGGUGUCUGCGCUCGUGCGCUCCAUAUCGGGAAUGACACGGGCGGACAAAGCAGAGGAGGGGACACUGGAGGACAGAGUGGGAUGGGGAGAAGAGGAGGAGGAAGAGGAAGGGAAACCAAAGAGCAAUGGGCUAAAGACGACAGUAAUGCCUCCGACCCCCACCAAUGUCCUCGCUUCGCCAUCUUCAUCAUUUUCCUCAACGUUAACAUCGUCACUCGGUCGCACAAGGAGCCGCCUGCAGCGCCUCUCAGGGUCAAGCGCAAAGACAGACUCUUUCAAACGCCUCUCGUACCUGUUUUCCCGCUCCAAACGCAAAGCCCCGCCCACGCCGCUCCCUCUCCAGUCUCCGCCCUCGUACACCAUUUCUGACGGGCUGCUCCGCCCCUUGGGGAGCCACAGUCACUCCGACUUCGGACUCAGCGACGUCACCAGAAGCGACACUCACCUGAACAAAGUGGGUCGCUCAGUGGAAACUCCGUCGUUCUCACCGCUGAGAACGAAUGGGCGGGACUCACUCCUGACGCUCCCCCUCCCGCCCCCGUGCCCCUGCCAAUCCCUGCACUGUGCUUCCAACAUGUCUGAGUCCAGUUCGCGACUCCUGGACUCUAGCGAGGACGUUUUCCAGAGUGAAGGCUUAGAAGGGGCAAGCGAAGGUGGCGUUGACGGCGGAGGAGGAGGGGGCAUGAUGAUGAUGGGAGGGUGGGUGGGACCAUGCGACGAUGUCUUAGAGGACAGCUGCGAUGUCAUAGAGGACUCUGUUACCACGCAGCUAUAG